CGUCAAAUAGAUUUUGUUUUUUACUGUCAAAAUUUACCAAAAGAGCAAAGAAUUAAAGAAAAAAAAAAUUAUCUCAAAAAAUUUCUUUUAAUUUUUUUGGGUUAAAUUUUUAAAGCAAUUUAAAUACAAAAAAAAACAUAAAAGAGCUUCCUAAACAAUGGAUAAUCUUGGAAGUGAAGUUGGUCAAAAAAUGAGGAGCGCCGUAAAGGCAAAACUCCUCGAACUUGGAACUGGAGGUUCCGCUGGCUACAUUGACGAUGAACUACCCGACUAUGUUAUGAUUAUGGUUGCAAAUAAACGCUCCAAACAACAAAUGAUUUCCGAUCUGAAUUUGUUUCUUGGCUCACAAACUGAUUUGUUUGUUACGUGGUUACAUGAAGUAUUACAAAAACUCCAAGAAGUUACUUUACCAGCUGUAGCUUUGCAAAAGAAACGAAAAACUAAUCAAAAAGACGAAGCUGCUCUGAGCAAAAAAGAUAAGAAAGAAAAGAAAAAAGACAAAAAAACACAGAAAAAACCAUCUGAACAGGAAUGCACUGAAAUCACAUCGAUUACCGAUGUCUUUGCCGGGGAGUUGCUUGAAAAAGCCAAGAAAACUUUCGAAAUCGAUGAAAAUGCUGUGCAAAAGGACAAGAAACAAGAAAAUGAUUCUCCAACACAGAAAGAUGAAACCGAUGAUUUUAAUAUUCCAACAAUCUCGGAAAUGUCGUCGUCAUCCACACAACAACGUGUCGUUACGAGUGAAACCCGUGAAAAAGAUCUAGCCGAAUUGGCAGACAUCCAAAAGAAGAUCUUUGCUGCGAAAAAACAAUUGAAGAUUCUCGAUGAUGUGGAUGAGAGUGAGGAUGAAGACUUUCUCAACAUCAAAGAGGAUGGGGAGGAAUUUGAAGAAAGUAAUGAGUUGGGUCGAGAGAAGAAGAAACAAUCAAAAGCCAAAAGUCCGAUUGUUUUUGAUAGAGAGCAAUUGGAGCGAGAGGCUUCUCCAAUUCCAGCUCAUGUCAAUGAGGUCAGAGUUGUAGCUUCGUCACUCGACACUCACCCAAUAGAGAAGCAUUUGCAUUCGGUUAAUUCUUCGUCGAGCCGAAUGCAAGUUGAUCACUCUCAUCAUCACCAUAAGCAUGAUAAUAUGGAACGGCAGGAGCAUGGAGCAAAAGAUGGAAAUGUAAAGAAAAAAUCAAUUCAUGAGCGUUUGGGGCACAUUGCUAGAGAUCAUAAAAGUGAUCAUUCCCAUCAACAUCGUCGUGCUGAGAAAGAAUUGUAUGUGCCAGCGUUUCGUCGACGUGAAAUGGAGAAGGAGAAAAGAUCCAACGGAGAAAUUGACAGUCGUUCAAGUCGCAAGCGUUCGAGCUCGACGGAUAAAAACAAAAGAGAUAGUUCUGCCGAAAGACUGCCCCAACAACGUAUUGGUUCUCGCGUAGUAGUUGCACCUCCUAAACCAGAUUUAAUUGAUGACGAUGUGGAUAGUCAGAGGACAGAUCGGCCUGUUAAUUCAGUUAUUAAAAUCAAACCUCGACCUUCUAUAUCUCCAAGCAAGCAGGCUUGCAAGAAUUUACUUCUACGUGCUGUUGCCGAAGCUCAGCGCUCGACAAUUUUGAUCAAACCAAAGAAAGAUGUUUCAUCAACUCGUAAGAGUUCGGGGGGUGGCGGUGGAGGUAGCCAAUCGUCAACACGAAAUACAAAAUUUUUUACGAAAUCAUAUCGCGAUCGAAUAAGUCGUGAUGCUUUGAUUCGACGAACUGCAAAGAAUUUUGUUAUCGAAGUAAAGGCUGAUGCAGAUAGGCAUCAUGAGGAUGAGGAUGAAGAAAUGGAUCAAUAUGAAGAUGAGGAAUACGUGCCGGAGCAUAUUUCAGACAGAGGUGAAUCUGACUUGGAGCUUAUUUACAUACCGCAAGCAAUUAAUUUCACUACCAACGAAGAGGAAGAUAUAAGCCGUGAGAUAAAUGAUGAAAACACAAACCAAAGCAAAACUCAGUUUGUGGUCACUCUAAAUGAUAAAACAUCAUCAAACUACAAAAGCAAGUCUAAAAGUUCACGUUUGAAUGGUGCUGAACAUUCAUCAAGUCGCUCAUCGGAAUCACAUAAAAGUUCACGUGAAAAAGUCGUCGACAUAAGAAGUCGUUUGACACUCAAAAAAGAACAACAAAAACAACAAGCUCGAAACGAUCGUGAAUCAAAUUCAUCACCAUCAUGCAGUACCCCUCCUCGACCAUCAUCGGCUAUGUCGUCAAGUAAAAAAUCCGAAUUGAUUAAAAUUUACAAAAGACCCAAAGAAGUAAAGAAAAUCGUUAUUAAGAAUGACUCUGAAGAUGAUGACUUCCAUAGUCCAAAAAAAGAAUCACCAAAUAAAGCUACUACAACACAUAUCGCGAAGGAGGAAAAAAUUAAUUUGCCUACUAUUGACGAUCAGAAGGCAAAUGCAUCGACAGCAGCAGAUACAGAAGAAGAAGGUUCCAUGACACCACCUCUGCCGGCGGUUCAUCGUAAACAGCACGAAGAAAAACAGACAGAAAAAACAACACCGGAGAAUAAUACGCCUAAUAAACGCAAGAGACAGCUUAUUAAAUUUGAUUUGGUUAAUAAGCAAUUGAAAGUUGAAGAACCUGUGGUUCCGGCUAAGCGUAGAUCAAAGAGUGGCGAGCGGGAGAAUGUGCUAUAUAAUGAAGUUGAAACGAAUGUGGAUGAUGGACAUAAAAUCUCAAUUAGAAAUUUAGAGUCAAAGAAAUAUGAUAAUUUGCCAUCGUCAUUAAAUUCAGUUCCAAUUGAUUCAUCAUUAGUUAUUAAAUCUAAGCCUAAGGAACGCUGUAAAUAUUUCCCGACUUGUACCAAAAAUACAUGUGAAUUCUAUCAUCCAGCAGCGCCAUGCAAGAGUUUCCCCAAUUGCAAAUUUGCAGAAAAAUGUCUAUAUGUUCAUCCCAAAUGCAAAUUCGAUCUAACUUGCGCCAAGAUCGGAUGUAAUUUUCAACAUAGCGCUCCAAUAGGUGGACAACUUUCAGCACCACCUUUAUCUUCACAUGUAGUUCCAGUACAGAACUAUAAAUCAAUUUCAUCAACUGCGGUAUCAACAUCGAUGUGUAAAUUUUACCCGAAUUGUUCAAAACCCGGUUGUCCGUUCUUCCAUCCAAAGAUGUGUAAAUUCGGCAGAAAUUGCAUCAAUAAAAUGGAAUGUAAUUUCUAUCAUCACGAUUCAGCUAGCAGUAAAUUUAAAUGGGUUGCAUCAAUUGUAUAAGAAUACGUUAAUUAUUAUAAACUAGAAAUUAGUUUAAAAUGCUAUUUUACUAUUUGAAUGAUUAUUAUAUUCUCAAAUAGUAACUAUUUUUUUUUUUAAUUUAAUUCCUUCAACUUUCCUAUUUGCUUCUCCUGAUAUUUAUUUCGAUAAAAUUUAAAAAUAAAAAAAGGAAACAAAAAAAAACACUUUAAAUCAUAUUUCUAAAUUUAAAUGAUUUAUUUAUUUUACAAUUAGUUUUGUAUACAUCUCUAUAUUAUAAUAUUACAUACUCACAAAUAUUAUUACAUAGUUAAAAAAAAAACAGGAGUUUAGAAAGUUGCUUUUAGAACUUUUUUUUUGUCGAAAUGCAAACAUUUAUAUACACAUACACGGAAUUAUAAUAUGAACA